AUGGAUUCUGCCGCUAAAAGUGAAACGGUCGUCGUUCCUACCAGUUCGAAGGACUUGGACACUGACGCCACCGCUAAAACCUAUUCGAGUUUCCACUCCAUAGUAUCUCCCGAGAAUAGCACUCUAGAAGCUGACGAUGCUGAGCCUAAUAAGGAUUUAGACCCCGAGAAAAGUGACGUCAACGACGAGUUUAUUCUGACUGGAACUACGCCGACCUACAUUAGGCACAGAUUUGCACGCAAAGUGUUCCUAACUGUGCUUAUUCAACUUAUUUUUACCUUUAGCUUCCUGUUAACUGUGUAUCUAAUCGAGGCCUCGAGAAACUUCUUCAAAGAAAUGCCAUACCUCGGCAUUGCUGGCGGUGUUAUAUUCAUCGUACUCUUAAUCGCUCUGGCUUGUAAGCCUGCCAUUGCUCGACACAGGGUGGGCGGGGUUGCAAUCAGCGUGACAAUAACCAUCGCCCUCACUUUACUUGCAACAACGGCGGCCUGCUACUACAAUAUUGCAGAGAUUUUGGGUGCCAUGGGCACGACCUUGUUUGUGACCUUAUGCUUAACGAUCUUUGCAAUACAGACCAAAUACGAUUUCACAAGCUGGAUUGGAUACUUGCUUGUUCUAAGUUGCUGCUUGCUUGCCUUUGGAAUAUUUGCUUUUCUGAUCAGAUCCACUGUCGUAAGGCUGGUCGUUUCUGGACUUGGCACCUUACUCGUCUGUUUUUACAUUAUCCUGGACGUCCAGCUCAUCAUGGGUGGGAAGCGCAAGCAUCAAUUCAGCGUGGAUGACUACCACUUCGCCUCCAUUGUGCUAUACUCGGACAUUGUUACGCUCUUUUUAAGGCUGCUCAGCUUAAUAGGAGGAAAGUAA